AUGGGAGAUUGGGUGAAACCUGUAAACACUUUCGUGCUUUUGGGAAGACCUGGAUCCGGUAAAAGUCGAACAGGCAACACAGUUACGGGUUGUGAUAAGGCGUUUGAGUUUGGUUUUCAUGCCAAAAGAACACCUAAAAAGUGUGAAUCUAAGCAAACAGAAAUAUGUGAAGCUGAAGUAUGUGUAAUCGACACUCCUGGGGUUUCAUUCUUUGAAAAACAGGAUUACGAGGACAUUCUAUCGAAUAUGCCAGAGGAAGGACCAAGUAAAAUUAUUUUUCUCCUUUGUAUAUCUAUUGGAAGAUUAACAGAGGAAGAACUGUCGCUUAUCAAUCAGUAUUUUGCUAUUUUUGGUGAUGAUUUUGCGGAAAACACCAUCAUAAUAUUUACACACUUGGAUGAAUGGGAGUCCGACAUGAAUGACUGCAAUGUCGAGAACCCAAAGUUUGACAGUUAUCUUCACACAUUACCAGAACAAACUAAGACAAUGUUCCGACGUUUCCAUAACCGGUAUAUACCAUUAAACAACAAACAGAAAAAGGGUGAAAAAAUGCAGUGGACCCUUAAAUUGAUGGCAAUAGCAAAUUCCAUGCAAGGAUAUACCAUGUUAAAAAUAUUUCCUACAGUUAGCUAUUCAAGCUAUCUAAGAGAUAUGGCUAGGAGCUACUCAGCCUAUGUUGCAGAAAUGGCUUGCCGAUGUUUGAGGAACAUUCAAGAAGCUUUUUGGCAAUGA